AUGGCUGUCUCAAGUUUUUCUAGUAAGCUGAAGCAAUGCGAGUAUCCUCACAACAUUGAUAGCAUACGUGAUAAAGAGUUUUCUCGACUAAAUGGUAUCGUGUAUUUGGAUCAUGCGGGUGCCACACACUACGCACAGAGUCAACUUGACUUAUUCCAUCGUGAUCUCUCUACUCGUGUUUAUGGCAACCCCCACAGCUCUCACUCGUCUAGCCUUCUCUCCACUCAAAUCAUAGACCGGGUGCGAGAACGAAUACUACGACAUUUCAAUACCAACAGUCGGACGUAUUCGGUCGUAUUUACAUCAAACUGCACGGAUUCACUAAAACUUAUUGGAGAGAAUUUUCAAUGGUCACGUGGAAAAUCGUGCAACAAUGCCACUGAUGUCAUUCUGGGUGAUAUCAAUAUGCAAGAGGGUAGGAGUGUCUACUGCUAUUUUCAUGACUCUCAUACGUCGGUGGUGGGAAUCAGAGAACUGGCCAUGCAGCGUGGGGCACGUGUGUCAUGUUUUCGUGAAUGUGACAUAAGUGUUAGUUCAUCGGGCUAUUUUACGAAGCAUAGUUUGUCUGCUGACAGUCAGAUUGACGUUCAUCAUCUGCUUGCUUAUCCUGCACAAUGCAAUUUUAGUGGACGUAAAUAUCCAUUGAAGUGGGUUGCACAUGCACAUGAUGGCUGCUUGCGGAUUAAUGGUGUUUCAAUCGGUUGUAACUGGCAUGUGAUGCUUGAUGCGGCGUCUUUUGUUUGUACUUCUCGGUUGGAUUUGUUUGAGUUUCCUGCCGAAUUUGUGACGUUGUCGUUUUACAAGAUGUUUGGAUUUCCGACUGGUCUUGGGGCUUUAAUUGUGAGAAAUGAUUGUCGUUUUCUGUUGGGAAAAAGCUACUUUGGAGGUGGGACUGUUCAAGCGAUGAUUAGUGGGGAAAACUUUGUUGUGUUUCGACAGGAUUUGGCUGACAAAUUUGAAAAUGGCACUUUGCCAUUUCUUGACAUCAUUGCAGUUCAGCAUGGUUUUGAUGUACUUGAUCGUCUUACGGGCUGUAUGACUGCUAUCUCAUCACACACACUGAGUCUUGCUAAAUAUGUAUAUGAUAAGUUGGUUUCUGUAAAGCAUGGAAAUGGUCAGAGUGUGUGUCAAGUGUACAGUGACACUGACUACACAGAUGCUGGCACACAAGGCCCGGUUGUCAGCUUCAAUGUUUUGGAACCAGAUGGAACGUAUGUGGGAUACAGUCAAGUUGAGAAGCUUGCUAGUGUGUUUGAUAUCCACUUGAGAACUGGGUGUUUUUGUAAUACAGGAGCAUGUCAGCGAUUUAUUGGAUUGUCAGGAGAACAACUUAAGCACAGCCUAGAGGCUGGUCACGUUUGUGGAGACGACAUCGAUCUUGUGGACGGCUUUCCGACCGGCUGUUUACGUAUUUCAUUUGGUUACAUGUCGACAUUUGAAGAAGCCGACUACUUUGUUCAAUUCAUCAAAUAUUGCUACACCCAUCCCAGAGCCAUACACGAGAUGCCUCAUGUCCCACACUAUUCUUCAAGAUCAGUGGGUUCGCAGGUUGAGGUGUCUAGUAAUGUGUCGCACGAUACGUUGGUACGAGGUCUUGAAGAGUCUUCUCUUGCAGUCAGUGGAAGCAGGUCUACAGAGUGUGUUGAAGAUGACGAACAAAAUACAGAUAAAGAAAAAUCGUUUGCUUGGCUGAAAAGGAUUUUUGUAUAUCCCGUCAAGUCCUGUGGAGCAUCAGAUGUAACUGAAUGGCAAAUCGGUGCAAAGGGCCUCAUGUAUGAUCGUGAGUGGAUGGUUGUGUCAGACUCUGGACUUUGUAUCAGUCAGAAACAGGCUCCCAAUAUGUGCCUCAUAUCACCACAAAUUAACUUAGCAACUGGAAAGCUAAUUUUACAUGCACCAGGAAUGUCAUCUUGUGAAGUUCCACUGACGAUAAAUAUGGACAAGAGAGACAUCGAGGCAGCUCUGGUUUGUAAGGCCAAGGUGUGUGGAGAAAGGGUUGAAGGUUUAAACUGUGGUAAUGAAGCUGCUGCCUGGUUUUCUCAAGUACUUGAAAGGCAAUGUCGACUUGUGAGACAAAGCCCUGUUGUGGAACGUCUUUCCAGAUCCGAGAAAGGCAAGCUGUCACUGGCAAAUCAGUCACAGUUUCUUCUAAUCACUGAACCAAGUCUUCGAAGUUUGGCAGGACGUGCAAUAUCAGACAAUGAGGGAGAUGUCGAAAGGUGCACGAGUUCAGUCUAUGGGCUCAUGCAGAGGUUUCGUUCUAAUUUUGUGGUUGCUGGCAAGUUUGAAAAUUUUGCUGAGGACUGCUGGAAGACAGUAAGUUUUGGAUCUUACAAGUUUCAGGUGUCUGGAUUGUGUACACGCUGCCAAAUGAUUAGCAUUGACCAGACAACUGGAAUGAGAUCAAAUGAAUUACUAAGAUCUCUUAUCUGUCUAAGAGGAAACAAGGCAACCUUUGGGGUAUAUCUGACACAGAUGGGCACUAGAACACACAGUGAGAAUGAGACUAGUACUCCUCUAACUAUUAAAACAGGCGAUUCUCUGUAUUUUGACAGUCAGUAAUAUUUAUUAUUUAUACAUCGUACUGCUGCAAUCGGUCAGCAUGUUUCUACGUAGGUACACUAAACUCGGUUACAUACAGCUAACAGUUGUAUGUAUAUUUUGUGUGUUGCUUUCUGUGUUGAUUGAUAUGAAUGAAAGAAUUUAUUG